AUGUCCUUAUGUGAUCAGCAAAUUAGUAAUGGAAAUAUUGGUAUAGCUAAACCAGAUAGCUACGGUAAUGCAGAAUUUCACUUAACUUCCAGCUUACUGACAGCUAGGGCUACUGAACUACUUUCCAAACAAAUA